UUAUUUUGAAAUCCAUAACCGGAAAUGCAACGAAAAAUGCUAGCUAGCUUGCUGCCUCUGGUGUCUAGGCUUGCUAGGGGAGAGAAACCGUGGAAGAGGGCAGGAAUACGUGGGACUACAGGAAUAAAUAAGCUUGUUUAACACCUGGCAGCGAGGAAGAAAGAAACUGAACAGGAAUCACCAGCAACUUGGCAACAUUUCUUCUCUCCCCUGGCACUCCAUUGUGGAAGGACACCUGAAACAUCAUAUCUUUAAAUCACAGAGUGCCUCUUUUCUUGACAACUUCCCACUUGCAUCCUCAUCACCACAAAAACCGCACCAGCAAGAAACCAAUCAGAAACUUCACCGCUGCCAAAGCUUUAAGUUUGAAGCCCCCCACAUCAGCCACUUUCCCCACGUCUGAUCAUUUAAUCCUUAGAGCUCUCCCACUUCUUAUCAGUGUCACUUAGYUACCUCACCAGGCCCAGUAGGGACUCAGCAACGAGGACUCCGCACUAUCAUGGCCUCCGUAACUCAUUCGUCCGAGAUCCCGGACAACCACAAGGAGAGCUGGCUGGCGCUAAUUUCUGCUGCAGAGGUAUACUGCCAAAAGUCCGGCUGCGACCUGGCCCUCCUCACGGCCUGCAAGAAGUUCCGGUCACCCGCUGGGGAAGAGGAGGUGGCGAAGAACCGGGAGGGCAGCGCCUCCUUCCAGAGGGAGUGUGACUUCUCGUAUAACGUGUGGGGUCAGGGCUUCCUGGCGGAGUCGACGCGCCGCUACGUGGAUGACAUCGGCGUGCUGCAUUCCACGACCAUGCUAACCGCUCACAAGCACACGCGUCACACCGGGGAGGAGGGAGGAACGAAGCUAAUGGUUGACUCGACCUCUGACCCCGGCCACAGAGGGGUGCAGAACUUUGCAGGCGACGGCGGGGUGGGCGGAGUCAGCCCCAACGGCAGACUCUACUCCCAGAACUACCCGUCCAUCUACAGCUCGGACGCCGCGGCGGUCCACGGCGGUGGGCAGAACGGGAACAGAGAGAAGGGACGGGACAGGAGCCUUCUGGAGGCAGAGCGAGGCAGACAGAGGUCUGGGAUCGUGGACUUGGAAGAGGAGGGAGAGGAGGCGGAGGAGGAGGAGGAGGACAUGGACGAGAGACAGCCGUACGGCAACGAAAGUGCUG